GGGUUCCCAGCACUAAUGAUGUACCUUUCAGAUGAAGGCAUUGAAGCUUGCACGAGUUCUCCUGACAAAGUCAAUAUCAAUGACAUCAUCCCGAUUGCUCUCAAUACAGACUUGAGAACAAUUGGCAAGAAAUUCCUCCCCAGUGACAUCAAUGGUGGAAAGGUAGAAAAGAACCUGGAUGCUCCUCCGGUGUUUGGGGGGCAAUUUCGCGUCUUCAGAGUCUUGGUGGUGGAGGAGAAAAUUUCAGAUACUUUCCCCCCAGCCUCCUUUGCAGCUGUGUUGUGCGUCUGUGCCUCAGUUCUGCUGUCAGGUGUAGCUGCUCUGGACUUGGGCCAGUCAUACAAAACAGCAGGAACUGUGGUGAAUCCUCUCAUUAACAGGCGAAGCUGCAGAAGAAUUGAGUUUCCAGGGAAGUCCCCAAGGCCCGUGAGAUCAAUGUUUUAUUUUAAAGAUAAUUUCCAGAGCUUAUCAAAACACAAUAGAAGCAAUAUUGGAACUGAAGGUGGACCACCUCCUUUUGUGCCUUUUGGACAGAAAUGUGUAUCUCAUGUCCAAGUGGAUAGCAGAGAACUGGAUCGAAGAAAGACAUUGCAAGUUGCCACGCCUGUCAAACCUACCAAUGAUAAUGAUGAAUUUGAAAAGCAAAGGACUGCUGCCAUUGCAGAAGUUGCAAAAAGCAAAGAAACCAAGACAUUUGGAGGAGGUGGGGGUGGUGCUAGAAGUAAUCUCAACAUGAACACUGCUGGUAACCGAAAUAAGGAAAUUUUACAGAAAGAAAAGUCAACCAAACCAGAGGGGAAACAUGAAGGUGUCUACAGAGAACUGGUUGAUGAGAAAGCUCUGAAGCACAUAACAGAAAUGGGCUUCAGUAAGGAAGCUUCCAGGCAGGCUCUUAUGGAUAAUGGCAACAACUUAGAAGCGGCAUUAAAUGUGCUUCUUAACAGCAGUAAACAGAAACCUGUUCCCGGUCCACCUCUGAGAGGUAAAGGAAAAGGCAGGGGGCGGAUAAGAUCGGAAGACGAAGAGGAGCUGGGAAACGCAAGGCCCUCAGCGCCGAGCACAUUAUUUGAUUUCCUGGAGUCUAAAAUGGGGACUCUGAGUGUGGAAGAACCUAAAUCGCAGCCUCAGCAGCUUCAUCAGGGACAACCCAGACUGUCGAAUACUGAGCAAAAUGGAAUCAAAGAUAAUAAUCAGCCCAGAUACCUUCCUCGCAAUGACACCAGACAGCCAAGAAAUGAAAAACCUCCUCGUUUUCAAAGAGACGCCCAAAAUUUAAAGUCCGUUUUCGAAGGCAGUGGAUUACCUAGAAAUAGAGGUUCUGAAAGACCGACCACGUCUUCAGGACCUGACAUAUGGGCUGAAGAGAGAAUCAGGUGCGACAGACGGUAUUUCAGAUACGAUAGAACUAAGGACACCUCAUAUCCUUUAAGCUCUCAGCAUAAUGAUGGUGCUUUUAAAAAAAGGGACAACUCUAUGCAAAGCAGAUCAGGAAGAGGCCCCUCCUAUGAAGAGGCAAAAGAAAACCCACUUCCUCAAGAAUCCAUAGAUUAUAGUACUCAAAAACGUGGGAGAAGAGAAAACCAAACAGCAAAUCCCGAUCACUUUUAUGACAGGAAACCACGACCAUUGAGUAAUGAAGCUUUCGGUGGUGUAAGAAUUGAGAAACAUUUUAAUGUAAAUACUGAUUACAAGAAUCCUGUCCGAACAAAUAGUUUCAUCGGUAUUCCAAAUGGAGAGGCAGAGAUGCCACCGAGGGGAAGGCGGGUAGGACCUAUUAAGCCAGCAGGACCCGUCACAGCCACACCCUACGAUGAGAAAAUGCUUUACAGUGCUGGGCCCAAACGAAGAUCGGGGCCAAUUAAACCAGAAAAAGUGCUCGAAUCAUCUCUUCCUAUGGAGUACGCAAAAGUGUGGAAACCUGGCGACGAAUGUUUUGCACUGUAUUGGGAAGAUAAUAAGUUUUACCGAGCGGAAGUUGAAGCUCUCCAUUCUUCAGGUAUGACAGCAGUUGUUAAAUUCAUUGAUUAUGGAAACUAUGAAGAGGUGCUACUAAGCAACAUCAGGCCCAUUCAGACAGAGGCAUGGGAGGAAGAAGGCACCUAUGAGCAAACUCUCGAGUUCCGCAGAGGAGGUGACGGUCAGCCCAGACGAUCUACGCGGCCAACCCAGCAGUUCUACCAACCGCCCCGGGCUCGGAACUAAUGCGAGAAGAGUCUUUGGGAAGAAAGGAGCCAUUGACUGAAACAUCCUGGUCAAAACCUGUCGAUAGACCUGCUUUUCCUUCAGCAUAAGAUGCAGCCAUGGUGGAUAUUAUUAUUUGGAGAACAAAAAAACAGAUUUUAGGGGGGAAUUCAGUUCACGCAAAGAAUGGGAAAAAUAAUGAAUUAAAUAAAGCAAGUACCUUUUACAAGUGAAAGAAUUUUUUCUUCUGCCAUCAAUAAAACCAAUGCGCUAUUAUA